GUGCCCAGACCACCCAGCUCCUUGUGCAGCCCCCCUGGAGGCCGGCAGUGCUGUGGGACCGGGUGACACUGACCUGCCAGGGCUCAGGGACCGCCAGUGCCACCACCUGGUACAAGGACGGGAAGCGAUGGGGACAGCAGGGAGGAGACCAAGUCACUGUCACCGAGAGUGGCACCUACACGUGUCACAGACCUGGCACCGGGCUCAGCUCCCCUGUGACUGUCUCAAAUGACUGGCUGGUGCUGCAGGUGCCGGCGCGGGCGCUGAUGGCGGGAGACACGCUGACACUGCGCUGCCGGGGCUGGAGAAACUACAUGGUGACCUGGGUGUCCUUCUACCAUGAGAAGCAGAAACUGAGGUGGUUCCGUGAGCAGACCGAUCUGUUCCUGUCACCUCUGCAGCUGCAGCACAGUGGCCGCUACGGAUGCAGGAGUUGGGUAAAAUCAUUUGGGUGGAAGGAGUCACUGCCAGUGACAGUGACAGUGCAGGAGCUCUUCUCUGUGCCAGUGCUGGAGGGUCCCCCUGAGCCCACCGAGGGGUCCCCCCUGGCUCUCAGCUGUCUCAGCACCCCCAGCCCCCUGCGGCCCCGAGCCCCCCUCCUGCACGUGUUCUACCGGGACGGGCGGGUGAUGUGGGGCCCGCAGGGGUCCCCGCAGCUGCUGCUGCCCAAAGUGGGGGUCUCCCACUCGGGGAAUUACAGCUGCGAGGUGCGCUCCGAGGGGGGGGCCGUGCGGAAGAGCAGCGCCCGGCUCCGCGUCACGGUGCGCAGGGUCCCGCCCUCGGGGGUGUCCCUGUUGGCGCAGCCCCCCGGGGCACAGGUGGCACUUGGGGACCGCCUGGUGCUGAGCUGCGUGGUGGACAAGGGGACAGGUCCCCUGUCCUUCUCCUGGCACCGGGAGGGCUCGGGGGCACCGCUGGGCACCGGGCCCCGCCUGGAG